AUGUCCUUCCUUUCGUUAUUCAUUGGUUUUUUUUCCCCUAAGUGCCAGUAUCCCACCCACACCAUCAUCUCAGAAACCCACGAAGAGCCGCACAGAAGUCGAUCAAACAGAGUAGAAGGAAUCUGUCGAGUUUUAUCGGGCACGCACGACCUGGCCGCCGAGUUUCUCGACAUCGCAGUGGACAAGUUUCCAACGAAGAGCCACAAUCGGGCCAACAGCCAAGAGAUGACAAUCGACUUUGACGAUGAAAACUGGAAUGUAGUUUACUGCGGCUCAGACUUGGAUUCUGACGACAGCGACGAUCCAACCGUUUUCCCUGGCUUCGGAAAAGGGCCAAUGGAUCCCUGUGCGUGUGGAAGCGAGCACAGACCGCAGAAGGUGUCUAGAAGGCUAAGGAAGAAGAGAAAGGCUAGAGAACCAAUCGUCCCACGGCCAUCCUCUACCCGCUGGAACGUUGCCGCGCUCCCAACAGAGAUCCUCUCCAUGAUCUUCGCCCUCGCCGUAGCGGAGUCGCCUUUCGUCAACGGUGGCUCGGAGGAAGCAAGAGCGACUGAGUCUGUCAUUGCCCUGGUCUGCGCUCGGUGGCGGAGUAUUGCCAUCGACACGCCCGAACUGUGGACGACAUUUCGGUUUGGCGACAAGAACGAGGACGAGUGGCAUUGCUGGGAACUUGUGUCCCUCCGCUUUGAAACAUACCUCAAAAGGGCUGGAAAUCGUCCAGUGGAUCUCUGGAUAGACGUCUCAACCCAGACGACAGCAGAAUUCUUUCUGAAGCGAUUCAGAAAGCACUUGCCGCGAUGGCGGCGCGUGUCGAUGAGACUUCCAGACGAAUCCACAAAAUCGUACGCGCCGGCCCUCACUGCACUCACGGAUGCAGGCGCGGGUAAUCUCCAGUCGUUUGAGCUUCUAAUUAUGCAGCACGACGAGCUGGAGUUUUUUGCGGAACCCGUGGAAGGGUUCCUGCAUGCCGUCCCCGAGUUAAAGCAUGUUCGGAUGGAUAGCAAGACCUUUAAGAUGUGCAUGCCACCGCUGUCUUCUAUCACGACGCUACACCUGGAAGCAUGGCGCUUCUCUCAGCCCCGAAUGACGCGGAAGACGCUUCUUUCCAUUAUCACCUCGCCGACCUUAAAGAACUUGACGUUGCAAGGAAAGAAAAUCUUUAAUAAUUGGAGGGCUACUGGACGAAUAACAACGAAUAUCGAGCGGUUGUUCUGCGAAGAGGAGAGCGUCGCGUCAUGGAUGUGGGCCACAUUCGACGCUCCUAACCUGAAGACGGUCAUAUUGCACAACUUUUCCGGCAUUGUAAGCCCACGCACCAACGACGAGGGGGAUUACUUCCCAAAGCUGACGUCGAUAACCUUCAUCGAUUGCGUCAUAACUCCAAGCUGCCUGGAAACCAUAGGAAAAGCAGCGAAACAUGUUAUGGACUUGACAGUUAUCCAGGACAAUACCUUACGCUCUAUGUCGUUGGUUGACAUGACGCCGACACUCUCCCCAUUGGAGGUACUCGCCAUAUCUUCAGACCACGGCAUAUGGCCCCGGCUGAAAAUGAUUGAAUGCGACAUUAAACCCUGGCGAACAAAUAUAGGCGACGCUUGCGCACGCCUCCUCCGCGAGCGCAGCGAAUGCCAUCUGCGGCUUCAUAUGAAUGCAUCCGUUCUAAAUUGGAGGAAGAAGUCACAGGAGACAUGGAAAGACAUGCAGGAGGGAGGACGCCUGAUUGUGGCGUCGCCGAGGGAGGCGGACUUCGAAAUUAAUGCAUUUCCGCCUCUAGUGAAGUUUAGCUGGGACACGAUUUGGGAAUAG